AUGACACAAGUUAUCAAUGAGCCAACACACUUUACUGAAUCUUCUCAGUCUCUUAUUGAUAUCUUUCUUGUAUCAUCGACAUGCGAGGUGAUUGGUGUAGGUGAACCGUUUCUUGCCCAAAAUCUCGUAUCUAUUUAUAACACAUUCUGUCAAGCUCUUGAUGUUGGUAAAGAAGUUCGUGCCGUCUUCUGUGAUAUUUCUAAGGCGUUUGAUCGUGUAUGGCAUCGAGGUCUAUUGUAUAAACUUAAGUUGACUGGUGUAGCAGAUCAAUUACUUGAUUGGUUCUGUGAUUAUUUGUCAGAGAGGAAACAGAGAGUCGGAUUUACAUUUCUUUUUCUUUUAUCAAAUUUCUACAGACUAGAAGUUGUAAUAAAUAUUCUACCUGUGACAGAAUUUUUUGCUUUCAGGUAUCGGAAGAUAUGUGUUCCGUUAGGACGACAGAUAUCCAGACAAAUGGCAAAAGUGUUGUGCCUAAUAGUCAUCUUUGUUGCUGUACUAAUAUCAUGGCCGGCGCCCGUACUAUACGGGAUUGCCACUGUUAACACGUCAGAUCCAAACAUAACAGGUACAAGGUGUUACACAGAAGAUAAAGAACUUUAUGAUACAUAUCAAGGCUUCUUCAACGGAUUACUGAUUCUAGUUGUAAUGAUCUGCUUUUUUGUUCUUGUUGUGUUGUACACAUUAACAUGGCGGGCUAUUGUCAAACAAAGUAGACUGAAUCAACCAAAAAUUAAUGAACGACCACAAAGGUCGUUGUAUAAAGAGGAAGGCAUUCCUAACGAUACAAUAAAUGAAUUUCCAGACCCAGACGCCUUAUCGGAAAAUACUACAAAUGAAGACACAACUAUGAAAAUUGAGAUCUUUAUGAUUGAAAACAGUAAUGAAGUGUCAAAUAGCGAAAAGGCAAAGAACAAGCGAAAGCAAGAAAGGUCAAGAAAAACUACCGUCAUUUUUCUGGUAAUCACAGCCGUGUUUUUUAUCAGUUAUUUUCCCCAUCUUGCAUUGAAAUUAGUUACCUUUACUAACAAAGAUUUUGUUUCUCAACUAUCAUAUACAGGGAAGGUAGUUUACAAUACAUUCAUUUGGUGUUUCUUUAUCAAUAACACGAUCAACAGUUUUGUUUAUGGAUUCUUUGACUUACGAUUUAGAAGUGAAAUAAUAAGUAUUUACACUGAAUUAUUCAAUCUGGCUAGACGCUGUGUAGGAGUAUGAAUGUCUUCAUGGUUUAAUAAACACAUAUAGUUCCAUUUUGUCUCGGUAACAUAAUAAGUAGCAAGUUAAAAAAAGCAAAGUUGUUAUCUAUAAUUUAUCCGUUUUUACUAGCCUGUGUAUGUGUGAAAAAGGAAAUCGUUGCUUGGAACGAUGUUUUUAAUACUUUAAUUUAAAUUAUAUGUCUUA